AUGUCUUUUGGCAUACCACUUUCCCAAUUAAUAGUAGAAAGUCCGAAGCCAUUAAGUAGUGGCAUCACAGGAUUAGAUGAGAUGCUAAACCUCGGAUUCCAAGCAAGAUCGAUCUACGAGGUGUUUGGACCUCCAGGGAUUGGCAAGACUAAUUUCGGAAUCCAACUGGUAGGCAAUUCCUUAGAAAAUAUACAGCCAUCGGACAUGAAUGACGAUAAAGUUCUGUGGAUAGAAACCUUCCAAGAUAUGCCUAUAAAUUUAUUAAGAGAACGCUUUCGAAAACGUGAUGUUGUAGAUGAGAAUGUAAAACGUGUCCGAAUAACAAAAUUUGGGCAACUGUUAUAUUUUUUUCAGAAUUUGUUCAAGUUAUCUCAAAGUAUGAAGUACAAACUAAUUAUAAUUGAUGGGUUUUCCCAAAUAGUUUGUGAUCACUUGUGUACAUUAAGUAAAAGAAGCGGUGGUAUGCUGGAUAAAAGUAUACACGAGUUAAAAUGCAGGCACUUGAUAUUAAUGUUUACAAUAAUGACCAAAUAUACACAUUCUACGGGUUCGACAAUAAUACUUUUAAAUGACUGCAUGAACACUGCUUUCCAAUCAAACGAAUUUGAGUCUUUAGAAGAAUACUACGAAAUCUUAGAAGACGGUUCUAAUUUCUUCGUCAACUCCAACAAUGAAAGACGUAAGAACAAUGUGCAUAUUUUGAAAAGUGCUCUCGUCGCUAACAUCGCUAUGGGAAGCAAGGACUCCACCUGGGAAGUAUUUUUAAGAGAUAGGAUCGGUUUCUUUAGGGAUUGGAAUGAGCAAGUGGAUGAAACUAUAUUUGUGAAAAGCAAAAGAGUAAAGAUGCCGUCCUCGCAAGAUAACGAGGGGCGUACCACGAUCAAAGAAAUGAGAAUAAACAAACGGAACUUUGAAAACUUUAGAAUAGCUAUUGUUUUCAAUUUACACAAUGAAGACAGAAAGAGAGCAGGGGAAAACUGGAAACGGACAAGAAAUGGCGACGACCGUCACUCUAUUGUUAAGUUUGAUUUCGAUAAAGCAACAGGACAGUUCCGCGAUAUAAUUGAUAGAAAAGGCGGUGCUGCUAACAUUGACUCAACACUGACAUUAUCAGCGAGCAGCAGCAGUUGCUCACAAGUGUUUAGCAAUACUCAGUCUGACAAUAACCCAUUACCAAAUGCGGAGGAAAAAGAGGAGAUAAUUUAUGACAGUGAAGGUUAA